AUGAAAAUCGGACGAAGUGCCAACGUUCGAUCCCGUUUCCGGGGAACUGCCGAGCUGAAAUUGGACUCGAUCGUCGGACAUGGACGUCGACGUGGUCGGGUUCAAGGCCAAAGGGGAGGUGGACAAGCGAAUGUCUUCAACUUCAUCUUCGCUUUGGUGAAAACCGCUGAUGGAAAAUCCUUGAAGGAAGUCAUUGCAAUAGGUGUCGGAAAAUUGGGAGAAAACAUCUCUGCCAAGCGAAUAAAAGCCUUUUGGGCGCCACAAGAUUCCGAGUUUUAUAACGGUUCACACCCAAAAGACGGCCUCCAAGAUAUCCCAAUGGGCCGAUUUGUUUCUCUUUUGGCUAUGAACAGGAAAAAGAUUGGAGGACAAUUUCCCACCGAACGUCUAGCCGAUCAACUAUGUCAACAUAUUAUUGGAAUGAGAAGUGAAUCAUUGGGCACUCCAGUCGAUCCAAACGAAGCUAAGAAACAAACCGAAACAGCAAAGAAUGCCGACGGUCAAGAUGAACUAAAUGAAUUCUUCCAAGGACAGACAACUCAAAUGGAUGCCGAUGAAACACGACUACUCCGGCAGUCUUUCAUGUUAAAUCCAUCACAAACUGUUUAUGAAUACGUCACCGGGCACAACGCUUCAAUCAAAGAUUUUGUUCGUUUCGAAUUAGGAGGAGAAUCAUCUGAU